UGCUGGGAUCAGUGUAUUUGUCAAUCUAUUGCUGUUGUUCUCAUGCUUGUUAUUCUUGUUGCUGUGUCGAUUUUGUUGUUGGUGUUUGUAUUUGCUGGGAAGUUCUGAUUUUUGUUGUUGUUGCUCUGAGCUUGCCAAGAACUAUUUUCGUUUAUUUCAAUUAGAAACUAAAAGUACAAUAAAAUAAGUAGUUCAGAUAUGGGCGCUGUAUAAUGAUAGAGAUAGGAUGCCUGAGAGUUAUGCUCAAGUUAAGAAAAUUGAAUCAACCCCUAACUUCAGAUUGCAUGUGUUAAUGCUUGAAGCCUGCUCACUACCUAAAAAUCCAUUGCAGCCUGUUUGUUGCGGGGCAUUUAAAAUUCAAAGUGGUAAACCCAGGAUUUUAAUGCUGGCUGCUGUAAAAAGUUCCAAAGCUGUUCUGUCAAUCUGUGUCGCCUACACCUCGACCAAUGAGAUUGUUAGUGCUGUUAAAGGAAUCAGUUGAAGAUAAAUGGAAUGAAAUUACUGUACUGGAAGCUAGUGGAGCAGGUUAUGGUUUAAUUAAACUUGGAGGGAAUGAACAUGAUGAAAGUGUGCCUUUUUGUCUCGGGUGAUUCUCAAGUUACAGUAAUUUUGAAUUAUGGGAGGUCAUGGUGGUUUGAAUAUUCUUCCACAGAAGCGGUGGAAUGUGUACAAUUAUGAAAACAGAGAAAAAGUCCGUCAAGACGAAGAGGCUGCUGCAAAAGAAGAGCAACUUAAGCGUGAACAGGCCAGGAAACGAGAUGCUGAAUUUCGUUUAGAGCAGCUUCGUGCUGCCCGUGGUUUGGCUCCAUUGAAACGAGCUAAAGAGACAACUGGAGAGGCUGCUACAGAGCAUGUUGAAUCUGAACCAAAGUCGAAUCAUAUUAAUCUCUUUGAAGGGAUUAAGAUUUUUGACCCAAUUAAAGGGUCAGAGAAAGAGGGUGGUGAAGAGAAAGAUGGGUUUAAGAGGAAGAAGAUGAGGAAAGAGGAGGAAGCGUCAAAAAAAGUUAUGACACCAGAUGACGAGAAGUAUAGGCUAGGUUAUGGGUUAGCCGGGAAAGGGAUUAAGUUGCCGUGGUAUCUUGAGCGGAGGAGCAAUGGUGAUGCAGAUGCUGAGAAUGGUAUGGAUGAUGGGUUGGUGAGAGUGCAAAAGGAGGAGCAAAAGCAGGGAGGGAAGAAGACGCUACAAGAAUUGAGAGAAGAACGGUUGAAAAGGGAAAAGAAGGAGAAAGAGAGGGAACGGGCAUUGUUUGUGGAGAAGAGUCAGAGAGAGAGGACUUUUGCAAGGGAUAGAGGUUUUUCCAGGAGGGUGCUAUUUGGACGAGGAAAUCAGUAAAAGGACAAUACAGUCUGAAGGAUGCUGGUGUUCGUUGAUAAUGUAGAUGUUUGUAAUGAACUAAAUUCAAUGCUGCCCGUUGAGAUGCAAUGGUGAAGCUGGGACUUGUAUUAAUUUACAGUAUCAAUGGAGACACUGUGCUAGUCGCAGUUUCACCAUUGCAACUCAAAAGGCAGCAUGAAAUUCUGAUUCCAGGGUGUUAUUUUGUCUCUUGGGAAACAUUCGGACCAGGUUUUGAUCCGUAAACCUUGUCUGUGAACACCAAUAUUCCU